AUGGAUGGUGUGGAUGUUUUCGAAGCCAGCGAGCCCUCGCAGCCUGCAAGCAAGCGUCGCAAACUGCUGUACCAGGAGCUGGAGACAUUUGAAGGAACAGGGCUGGACAACAAGUACGUGUUGGAGGUCGCAUUUGCGCAGGAUCAUUCCGGUGAGGACCUUCUGAUCGCUGCAGCAUCGAGUGGCGGCGUCGUGCAGUACAAAGAGUUCAUCGUCCCGACUCAGCCCAUUGCGUUUGCCUACUUUCUCGUGGAGGCGUUUCGGCUGCAAGCCCUUGCAUGUCAGCACGUUGCAAGUUUUCUUUUCGAGUGGUCUCACAGAGUGGUCUCUGACCACAACGCAGCUCCUUUAGCCAUGUCGGAGCAGGACGCACACAUGGGCCACAACGCGCCGAACCCAGCCACACCGGAUCAGGGCGCGCUACAGCAGUUCCAUGGCGUGCGUCGGAUUUUUCAGACUCCGGACUACAACGCCGUUAGCAGGGAGUACUGGAGACAGCAGGGACAGGGCAUGAAGCGUGGUCCGCCUACUCCUUCCCAGAGCGUGGGAGGUACACCAGCAGAGGCAAGCGCGGGGCUGGAGACCCCCCCGACCACAACGCCUGUGGAUGGACCGACGAGCAGUCUCAUGCAGCCUUUUUCGUUGCAGAGGGACGCGGCGCUUUCAGUCACAGCGGAGGCCUUUGGGGUGGAUAUCAACCAACAGAACGCCGUUCAGGAGUGGUGCAACACGCCGAUACAGACCAACCAGCAGGUUUUCGAUCUUAUCAGGGCCUACCACGAGAAAGUCAUCAGGCCUGAAUAUUUUUCUCUGGUGUGCCAACUUGAGGGAGGACUGAGAGCCAUACAUGACAGUGUGUUUCGUGUGAAAAGGGAGCUCAACUUUAUGGUUGCAGAAAACCGGCAGAUGCAGAAAUACAUGGUCGGGACCCAACUUCUGACGGUCGGAUGGCCAAACCAUAUCGCCCCGGAAGCCAGGAUCUAUAUGCUAUGCUGGUUGUUCAGCCAGGUCACUGAGUGCCGAACCUUCCUCGAAGUCCGUGGCUACCUCAACGACCACAACGCCCACGAGCUUACCAGAUUCAUGAACGUCCUCACGAUGGAGCCGACCACAGUUCCACAAGGCUCUGACUUCUACUCCAGCAUGACCCUCAUCACGCUGAAGAGUUUCGAGCUGCGAAAGGCCAUCCUGGCCAGGUUCGGUGGAUCGUCGGGCAUUCCUUUGUACACGGAUGAGAACACACCUGUACAGGGGCGCCACAUAAAAGUGGCGCCCUGCAGUCCUCAGUGGCAACGUAAGCUGGAGGCCCCAAUUCGGGUCUGUCUGAGCGCAAUAAAUGCGCAUCCAGACCACAACGCAAGGGCCAAGAUGGUGAUCCUUUGGAAAAGUCUCACCAUCAUGGCUCCGGUUGAGAACGGGACCGACUUCCAAGAAGAUUUUACAGCAUGGGCCCGUUUGCACUAUUUCGAAAAGGAUGGCAAGUUUCAGGGACGACUUGAGGUCACAGAGGAGCUCGCACAAAUUUUGAAUGCCCCGGCUGCCGUGCCAACUGCUGAUGCUACCAACUUGUGGCAGGAGCAUUGGUACAAGGUGCUUUGGGGCAAUCAGUUGGAGCUCGAUUUGGCCGACAGACAGACCACAACGCAGGCUCUUCAAGCUGCCAAAGGCAGCGGUAAGGGCCUCAAUGUCGGCAAAUCCACUCGUCACUGGAGCCAGGUCGCCAUCCACUCGAGUGAGUACGAACCGUACCCAUUCGAGUUAGAGUACAUUUCGGUUGAGGGGGUGUAUUUUUCAUGGGAUGAGAUGUGCGACAAAUGGGGGGCUACUGACCACAAGGUCGGUGACUACAGCAUUGCCACAAUCCAAGGCAAGCCCCCACAAAACGUGGUCAACGAACUCAGAGCGACCACAACGCACGGUCCCGGUACAGGCGCUCCCUCAGCAUCUUCGCAAGCAGCUCCGGCAGGCUUUCGCUCCAGGCCAUUCGGCGGAACAAGCAGCUGA